GCUUCUCCGUCCUCCGGCCAUGAUCCUCGUGUUUAUUGAGCUUUUUCUAGGAAAAUCCUGCAUCUUCUUGGGAGGAAAAAGAGAAAAAACAAAAAAAAAAAGCCCAGCUCUUGCUAAACUCUUGAGUUUCCAGCUGGUGACCCCUUGCAUGUGACCGGGGUUGGGCUGGAAAGUUUCCUUGGAGGAAGGAGAAACGGAUUUGGCUGGCGUGGAACGUCAAAACCAGAGAGGGAGCCCCCCUCCAUCCUGAUUUUGCUUCGGACUGGGGGAUGCUCAGAGUGUUUUUGGGCUGGCGCAGGCUACGGCUCCUCUCCAGGAUGUGUUUUGCCGUGUGCUGGAGGCUGCCGAGCUGCUGUGCCGGCACCACCAGUGGACACUGCUCCCAGCUGAUCUGGCUGCGCGGCGCCAUGGGUUGGCAUGGGAUGGUGACCGCCGAGCCGCUGGGAAGGGGAAGAGAGGAUGGCCUCGUAGAUCCCGCCGAGCUCCUGCCUGCUCUGCCUGGACCAAGAGGACGGACCGUGACCGGCGACAGCCGCGAUGAGAGCUCCGGCCCUCGCCUGAUGCCUCUCCUGCUGAUAAAAAUGAUCAACAAGUCUCGAGGGAAGAUACUCGGGGUGCUGGCGCUGUUUCUGGUGAUGGUUUGGUACUCGAUCUACCGGGAAGACAGUUUUUUGAAAGAUGCAAAUCCUAUAGAACAUGCCGCCCCCCUCGGUCUCACCGGCCCUUUCCUCCUCGGCAGCUACACGAGGGACCACCCGCUCUUCUUGCAGCUGAAGGACUAUUUUUGGGUGAAGACGCCGUCGCUCUAUGAGCUGCCCUACGGCACGAAAGGAAGCGAAGACAUCCUCCUGCGCCUGCUGUCGAUCACCCACUACUCCCUGCCCGAGAGCAUCCAGAGUCUGAAGUGCCGGAGGUGCGCGGUGGUGGGCAACGGCCACCGGCUCCGCAACAGCUCCAUGGGGGAGACCAUCAACACGUACGACGUUGUGAUCAGGCUGAACAACGCCCCAGUCCAUGGUUACGAGCAGGACGUGGGCUCCAAGACCACCAUGCGCCUCUUCUACCCCGAGUCGGCCCACUUUGACCCCCGGACGGAGAACAACCCCGACACGUUGCUGGUGCUGGUGCCUUUCAAGCCCAUGGACUUCCAGUGGAUGGAGGCCAUCCUCAACGACAAGAAGAGGGUUCGGAAAGGGUUUUGGAAACAGCCUCCGUUGAUCUGGGAUGCCAACCCGGAGCGAGUGCGCAUCCUCAACCCUUACUACAUGGAAGUAACUGCUGCUAAACUGCUCAACCUCCCCAUGAAGCAACCACGGAAGGUCAAACAGAAGCCCACCACGGGGUUGUUGGCCAUCACCUUGGCCCUGCACUUCUGCGACCUGGUGCACAUCGCGGGCUUUGGCUACCCCGAUUCGGCCAACAAGAAGCAGACCAUUCACUACUACGAGCAGAUCACGCUCAAGUCCAUGGCGGCCUCGGAGCACAACGUCUCCCACGAGGCGGUGGCCAUCAAGCGGAUGCUGGAGCUGGGUCUCGUCAAGAACCUCACCUACUUCUGAGGCCACCGGG